AUGCGGCUCGCGGGGCCGAGAGGGGCGGAGAGGGAGCGAACCUCUAAAUAUGCAGCAGGCCGCGGGGGCUAUAUAAGCGUCGGGUCUCGGGCCUGGCGGGUGGAAGGGCCAGGCUUGCCGACCCCAGGCCCGCGCUCGGCUGCGGUCGGUUCUCGCGGGUGUGGGCUCACGUCUCCUCCGCGCGCCUUGUGCUCCCCACCCCGCAGAUCCGCAGGCUUCUGGAGACCACGGGUUGACGCCGGAGCGGAGAAGGAGGAGGAGGCGCCGCACCGCGCCGCGGAGGCGAUGCCCGGUGGCCCCGGAAUGAUCGAAGCCUCAGGAAAGCUUUGCCGAUACAGACACCCAGUCAGACUAUUUUGGCCAAAAUCAAAGUGUUAUGAUUACUUAUAUCAAGAAGCAGAAGCUCUUCUGAAAAAUUUUCCAAUUCAAGCCACAAUUUCAUUUUAUGAAGAUUCUGAUAGUGAAGAUGAAAUUGAGGAGCUGAUCUGUGAAAAUUAAUCUGAUUAGUUACUUUUGAUGAUAUUAAAAGCUUAUAGGAUUUAAAUUUGUGUACAA